AUGACAAGCCUGAACGAAUUUGACAUUAAAAAAUAUAAUGGCUUACCGCCCCCAAAAACUGCGAACGACGAAUUAGAGCUUAGAAAACUCGAAUUUAAGGAACUAUUAGCCAAAGUUGAACAAUUAACUGGAAAAGAAGGCAUUGAAUUAGGGCUUCGAUUACUUCAUAGCCAUGAAAUACCUUUGGAAGAUGGACAAGCGAUGGUAGAAACGUUCGCUGAGUAUGAAGGAGAACCUGCAUUCAUUACAUCAGCUGAUUUACCAAAUAAUUCAUAUCCAGCAAGUUGGAUUUUAAAUAAUGGAAAACUUUUAGUGUUUGAAUAUUCGACAGACCCAUACGUGAAGCGAAUAUAUGAAAAGCUUCUUAAAGAUUCAUCUGUUCUGAAUGAAAUCAAUACGCUCAUCAAAACGUAUAAUCUAGAGUCUUUAAUUGGGCCGUGCAUUACUGCCAGGGAUAUGUUGAGUAAGUUUGACACGAAUCAACAUAAAGCUUUAGUUGAACGUACUGUCAAAGAUGGCGAUAGAUACAAAAAUAUUGUUCAAAGUCGACCGAAUGAAUCUUCUUCAAUUGGUAUUAAAACAUUGUGGGGAGCUAAAUUGAAUAAUUCCUGCAUUACUAACCUUCCCUGUUUUUGUUGUGCUGAAAAAAAACCCCAUUAA